AUGCUCGCCAUCAUGCUCUGUUUACGCAGCAAAGGCAAAUGCCCCAACUGUCGUAGCAUGCAGAAGAAGCUUGAGAAUUGGGAGUCUGGUAAACUGAAGCCAAUUACUCCAGCAGUGGUCAAGGAGCGGGAUGCACACAAUAGGUCGUCCUCACACAGCAAUGCUCCCUCCGAGUUAGAUGUCGAACUAGGUGGCGCACAUGAGACCGAUCAUGUGUGUGCCGCUGAAAAAGAGGCGCAGAAGAAGCCAUCAACGUGGCAAAAGGUAAAGAGCAAGGUCUUGCGCGACAACAAGCCUUCAGAUACGGCGGAGAAUCUGUAUGUCGAGACUGAAGCUAACCGCCCCUUCACUACCGUCGAGGGCGACACAGUUCACUACUAUUCGCCCCGCGUCUCCCCAGAAGCACCCAGGGUAGAGUACGAGCCUAAAACCCACCUCACCGUACCCGCAACCCAUCGCUUCUCAGGUUCCUCCUUCUACUCCCCCCCUACGGGCCUUCAGCGCACCAACGGCCGCUCAUCCCGCGUCUUCGCCGACGCCCCAGUGUCGGAGCCCAAGCGCUACUCCACCAACAGCAACCAAGAAAUUGUGCAUGCUCAAAACGCGCUUCAGUCAGAAGAGUACAAGCGCGCUGAGACGAUUAUGAAGCGCGGGACGGCUAGGGAUAGUAUUAUCCACCGCGCGACGAGUAUUGUUAAUUUGGUGGAUCAGCAGCUUAAUGUUGCGCGGCAUCCGUCGCUGUAUCCUGAGUUUCGUGGCGAGGAACCGGGGGAGCAGUAUGAGAUGACUGAGUGGCGGGAGAGGGGG